AUUAUCACUAGAUACACUUCAAAUUAUAUCAUUAGAUUUAGAUUGAGAUUAACAGUUGUUGUCUUAAUUAACAUAAUGAAAAUCUGGUUAAUUCAACAUCUUCAAAACGAUGAAAUAUGUUACAGUCAGUACAAAACAAGAGCUUAGUUCAACUAUCAAACCAAUUUUGGAAUCUGAACAAACAUGUUUCAUUUCAUUUUUCUUCUCUCUUUUUUCGUUCUUACCCAUGGAAUCCAAGUAAAAUACAAUGAUUGUGGUCGACCGAGAAGUGACACGAUCUUUCGUAGUAUCGUCAUCUUAGGCUGUCAUCAACAACCAUGUACUUUUAACUCACAUUCAGAUCUUGAUUUUGAAAUGGAAAUUAUUCUAAGUGAAACGGUCAGCAAUUUCCAGGUUCAAUUUGAAGCUCGCAGUUAUGAAUAUGGUAAUCCAAAAGUCUUGUCAACUUAUACUUUACAGCCUCCUAAUUGUCACAAUAACAGAUGUAAAAUAAGAGCAGACGAUAUUAGAUGUAUCCAUCCAAGUUUGAAGAUAUCAGAAAAAUCGCCAUCAAACAUUGAACUCUUUGUCAACAUUUAUGAUCAAGAUCGUCGUAAUUUGGGUUGUGCUUCGUUCCCAUUGAGAGUGAAAGAUUAUUGAAACAUCCGAUUGUUUUGUUGAAAUGAUAUCAAGUCAUUUCAUUUGAAC